CAAUGAUGGGAACUCGCGUCGAUGUGUGUCACGUAAUUUGACCCGUAAUGUAUAACAGAAGUUGACCUAGUGUCAGGAGAACGCGAUGCGUGGCCAACUUAAAACCGAGGACAUUGAUGAUUCUAAGUGUACCAACUUAUAUACGAGCCGCGCCGCGAGUUUCCCGCGAAGAUUACUUAAAUAAGCUGAAUAUGUCCAGAAGGAAAGGCGGAGGGGAAAAACAAUUUGACAACGUGGAUUACACACAGCUUACCGAAACCGACAAUGGUUUCGUGGAUUCGCAAUUUAUAGGACCUCCGGUAAAAGUUCCUUGGAAAGCUAUCACUCUGGCGGCACUUCUGUUCAUCGGUGGAACUAUCAUGCUCAUAGUGGGAAGUUUAAUAGUUAGUGGGCACAUCGACUCGAAGUAUUCCGAUCGUAUGUGGCCAAUAAUUAUUCUAGGAGCAUUGAUGUUCAUACCCGGUGCUUACCAUGUGAGGGUUGCUCUACUGGCGUAUCGAAAAGUUCCUGGUUACUCUUUCGACGAUAUCCCUGAAUUCGACUAAACGGUUCAAAAUAUGCCUACCACAAUGUGCUUUUCAAUUUUCAUAAGUUUAGUCGAAUACCCUACUUAAGAUGUUUUUUUUAAAGAAAUAUUUAUUUAAGAAUAUACGUGUAUGUAUAUUCAUACGAUAGUGGUUUACAGAUGCAUCAGUAUUACGAUACACACCGAAUAGUGAUAUUUGUACUUGAUUUUACGAGACUACUUUACGUGAUAAGUCACCAUUCUGUUUAAGAUAAUCUAGACAAAGACUUGUCAAGUCCAUGAAACGCAUCCGUUAUCGCGGCAUUGUAUAUUUAUUUCUCGUUACGCUCGGUACACUUUUACGCAGAUCUAUAUUUUAUAACAAUUAAAUACUUAAUCGGUUGUAAAAUUAGCCAGUGCUAAUUGCGGCCGCUACAUGUUGGGUGCUUAAGAUUAUACACUAUUGUACCAAAUGCAGAAAUAUUAAACUGUGAACUAAUUCUAAGUA